AUGAUUCAAUUAAAGACGUUGCUCAACUGCAUCGACAACUCCGGUGCCGCGGUCGUCGAAUGUGUGAAUGUCUUGAAGAAGAAGCGGCCGGCCACAGUCGGUGACCGGAUAGUGGUUGUAGUUCAGAAACAGCGAAACUUCGGCCCCGAGAGCACGAACAACAGCGGCAUCGCGAACAAGGUCCGUCGCGGCGAUAUCCGACAUGCUGUCGUCGUUCGCGCAAAGAAGGAGAUGCAGAGACCAGAUGGAACUAUUGUCAAGUUCGAUGACAACGCAUGUGUGCUGGUCAACAAGUCGGGUGAUCCUAUCGGAACCAGAAUGAACGGAGUGGUUGCUACAGAAUUACGAGGAAAGCAGUGGUCGAAAAUUCUGUCCUUGGCGCCUAUGCAUGUGUAA